UGCCUCCCUCUACCUCGGUACGUGAAGCUACCUCGAAAACGGCCCACCCAAAACCGACUACCGACUGCGAUCAGUCAGUCGGUAAGCCGUUGCGCGUUGGACGAGUCGAAGACGUUUGGUCGAGACGCUGGAGAGCCUUGAGCGCUGUGUGUGUGUGUAGCAUCGUUGCGUUUCGGGUUUUUGUUGCGGGAUCCGACGCACGACAGGAUCUCGGAUACGUUCAUUCAACCGUUUGUCGUUUCGCCGAGUGGACGCAAUCGCAAUAGCUAAUCGCGAAAAUUGGCGAAAAUCGAGAACACCCCGCCCUUUUACAUCCAGGAUCUUCCCGGUUGAGUGUAGUGCAUUUGCUUAAUUAAAAAGUGGAUAUUUUGCAUAAAACAAGUGUCACAGUUAAUCGCGACAGUACGUUUUUCCGUCGGUUGAGUACAACUCAAUGCUAGAUAUUUGGCGAACGGGGAAAUCCCAUCCGUAAACCGUCAUCAGACCAAAAGAGCGUGUGAUAAUGAAGUGAUGCAUACUGUUUCAAUCUAUCUAGAUUACAUUGAGGUAUAUAAACCAGGAUCACUUCCGACCGCAGCUUCAGUCGAGUUCUGAACGCACUGCUGUUAAAUAUUGUCAACGGCGCGACAUACGGGAAGCGACCAAGGGAAUACAAAUUCGCAUAAUAAGUUCCCAUUUUUCGGGCAGGAUUUUCAUCUAGUUUCCAACGUCUUAAACCAUAUCCGGUAGUGGGUAGCAAUUUUUGUAUGGAACGUGUCACAACUAGGAUCCGCACCGUUUUUUGCACCCUUCGCCUUGUUCCUAUUCCAACGGUUUAGUGGUUUACUGGUGCUAAUGAGUGAGAUGCUGCAAACAGUGUUGACUAUAGGCAGUUGUAACGAUCAGGGAGAUCAAGUACAGUACACCACAGUUACGGCUAGGGUGCAAACGUUGCAAUAGAAGCUGAAUAAGUGUGUUUCGAAUUUAAUCAAACGGCGUAGCUGCAAGAAGUGUUUGGUUGCAGAAUUCCGAUCUGUUCCUAUACAGCGUACGCAGCGCGGGUAUUUCAAAUGUAAAUGCCGAAAAAAUAGAUCAUCUUCGUAAACAAAAAAAGCUAGUCAUUAACGGUGCAGAGAGUGUUUAUGAGAAGUGUUGUUAGUGGUGUUGGAUCUGUGCUCUUCUGUGAACGGGAGUGACUUGAAGGAAAGUGAAAAUAAAAUUGCAGCAAAGCCAGGAUAUUCUGCGAAAUAUUAUUUGAAAGCAGAAAAUUAUCGGCGUAUAAUCAAAGAUCGCCAUCCAGCCACGACCAGCAGUAGAUGCGCACCGUCAGCAUAAGUCAACACGCGAGCAUACCACCACCGAUAGCAUCGACCGUGCGGGACCGAUCCGUAGCGAUCCGCACAAACAAGGCCAUCGACCGUCACCCGCAACGUCCUGUGUUGGCCGUAGUGUGCGCGGAACCGUCCCCACACCACACCGGAUACGAUGGGAUUGCACAAAAACUACUUCAAAGUUGGACAGAAUGCUAGCAAUCAGCUGUUUGGUUUGCCACCCGGUCAGGGUGGACCGACGCCGCUAUCGAUGCUCAUUUCGCAAGGAGCAAAGUUUAACAGCAAUCGCGUAGCGGUAAUUAUAUUUGGAAUUGUCACCCUUAUUGCCGGUGUUAUACUAUCGUCCGUGCCUUGGCUAAACAUUUUCAUCAUGAAGAAUCUGAGACUGUGGAACGGCACGAUAAGCUUCCACUACUGGCAGCGUCCGGGUGUGACUAGGCUAACUAAGGUGUACAUAUUUAAUGUUACUAAUCCGGAGGGAUUCCUUACCGGUGAAAAGCCAAAACUAGUUGAAGUAGGACCAUUCGUGUAUAGGGAGGAUAUGGAGAAAGUGAACAUCAAGUUUCACGAUAACUACACCGUGACGUACCAGCACAAGAAGAUUCUACAGUUCGUGCCUGAGCUUAGUGUAGAUAAGAACCUUCGCAUUACGACACCAAAUAUUCCACUGCUGACCAUCUCUACCCAAAGCAAGUACCUCAGCUUCGUGGUCGCAAAGACCAUAUCUGUAUUACUAACGGCAACCAAAUACAAACCGUUCAUUUCACUGACGGCCGACGAGCUGGUAUUUGGUUACGACGAUACGCUCGUCAGUUUGGCCCAUCGAUUCUAUCCCCGUAAUCGACGACCCAUGGAAAAGAUGGGCCUACUAAAUGGGAGAAAUGGAACACUAACGGAGUACGCAACGAUGCACACGGGACAUACGGGUAUGGAGAAGUUUGGAUACUUCGACAAGUUGAACGGGUUGGACUAUCUGCCGCACUGGGAUGGUGAACCGUGCCGCAGCAUAAAGGCGUCGGAGGGAAGCUUCUUUCCGCCGCGUGACAUUACGCAGAAGGAUGUGGUGUACAUCUACGAUAAGGAUCUCUGCCGUACGCUACCACUGGUUUAUCGGGAACCGGUCGAAAAGGAUGGAAUUGGUGCCGAUCUUUACACACUCGCCGAGGAUGCUUAUGGACCACCGAACGAGAAUAACACCUGUUUCGAUCAUUCCGCGUACAAGAAAUAUUACGGACUGCAGAACAUUAGUCCAUGCCAGUAUGGUGCCCCAGUUUACAUCUCGAACCCACACUUCUUCCAAUCUGAUCCACAACUUCUGGACGCGGUUGAAGGUCUACAGCCCAAUGCCGAGCAGCACGAAACGUACUUCAAAAUACAACCCAAACUGGGCGUCCCGCUCGAGGGUCAGGUACGGGUGCAACUCAAUCUUCUAGUCGAGAAAGCUCCGAACGUGAUGGCAACCAAAGACUUUCGGGAUUUCGUAUUUCCCAUCAUGUGGCUCGAGGAGGGUGUCAGUGAACUAACACCUCCCAUUCGCCGGUGGAUCUAUCUGGCGACAGUGUUCGCUCCCACGGCUCUGCCCAUCCUAUCGUACGGUAUGAUCCUUACCGGUGCCUUCGCAAUGAUCUACGUCUUUGUUCGGGCGUAUAAAAACUUCGUCUUUACGGAUGAUCCUACGACCGAACUGCUCGAGAUGGGUCGUCGAUCACUUCGAAGAGGUAGCCAUCUGAUCAGUAACGGGCAGCAUCGGAUACUGCACCGAGAUAGCUACAUCUUGCUAAAGGCUAACGGUGAAACCGUCACCGCACAAAACGUGUCCGGCCCCGAACAGGAGCCCGGCACAGCAACGGAAAGCAAUAGCAGCAGCAGCAGCAGCAGCAGUAACAAUAACAAUCAUCUGCUUCAUAAUCACAACCUGCUGCAUAGUCAUCAUCAUCAUCUGUACAUUCAACCGAAGGACCAAAGUCUACUAUCUGAGGAAGAUUCACCUGCCUAGUAAGACGAUCGCGUCAGGACAAUUCAUUCCCUCCGUUACUUUCACACACUUAACACACACAUUUGACACACGUUUUCCUAUAAGAUAUGAGUUACAUUUUCCUUGAAACGAUCGGUAAAAACUAUCCCCCUCUCUCUUUCUCUCCUCCACUCCAUCCUUCCACCUUCCCGCGUUACUUGAUCGUUUCAAAUGGUGAUAGAGACUGCUGAUAAUUUUUAAUUAGUUUCCUUCCAUGUGACCACCCAUCGACUAUGUUCCCGCUUGACGUUUAGUAUACGCCCCCCCUCUUUACCCCUUUUUGUUAAGUUAAGUUGUCCAAUGUAGAUUUAGUAUUUUUUUAGAAAAAAAAAAUGUCGUAACGGUCGGCGUGAAACGAUCUACCGUUUUGCGCACUGCCAUCGAAACCAAUUUCAACGCGUGAUGCGUCCUCCGUCCACAUUACUCUUAAGAUACGAACCAAACUGGAAAAGGGCACUGUAGCAAAAUUGGUUGGUGUGUGUUUGUGUGUGUAAAAAUAUGAAAAAAUUCAGUCAAAUGUAAUUGAUUUCUAUCUUUCCAUUAGGACUAAGAAAAUUGUAACCCAAAAUAAGACUUGUUAACAAAAGUAUUGCCUUAAAAACAACAACACACACGCACACACACACAAAUACAUAACGAACUGCUCAAACCCAAGGUUAGGAAAAGUGUUUGUGUGGAAGAAAAUUGCUCAAUCGAUAGGUCGAAAGUAAUACAGAUGCAAGUCGUAAAACAUUCGUUUACAGUUCCAGUAUCAUAUUUGUGGUACUACUUUUUUUUAAACGGGACAAUGUUGAACAUUUAGGAACAAAUUGAUAAGAAAUGUUAUUAUAAAAUGCUGAGCUGAUUUUGGCAAAAAAAAAACAAAUUCCACUAUCCUGCAUGGCGUGGGAAUAAUGAAACUCUUUUUAGAUUGUAAGUAGUGUUAAGUUUAGUAAACAAAAAAAAUAAUAAAACAACAUAAGGUAGCUAUGAAUUUGUAUCGAACGCAUGUGUACCACUGAUUGUAAAUAGGCGUGUAAUUGUUUUAUUCAUAUGUAAAUAAAGAGUUUUUCGAUUUUUUGUCUAA